UACUAAUAAAACAUAACCUCCUUUUAAACUGCGGUGUUUUUGUGUAAUCAAUUAAUUUAUAAAUUCAAUUUUAAUUGUUAAAUAAUAAUUAAUAAUAAAAUCAGUAACAAUGGCAGACCCUGAACUUGAAAUGAUCCGGCAACAACGAAUGGCUCAAUUACGCUCACAAUAUCAGGGUGGUGAUGAAUCAAAUCAAAAAGCUGCUGAAGAACAGAGACAAAAAAUACAAGAAAUGAAACACUCGAUAUUAACUCAAGUAUUGGAUCAAUCAGCUAGAGCACGACUAAAUACUUUGUCAUUGGGCAAACCGGAGAAAGCGAAAAUGGUUGAAGAAAUGCUUGUCAGUAUGGCACAGAGAGGACAAUUACCUGGUAAACUAGGGGAAAAAGAACUUAUUAGUUUAUUAGAGAGUGUUAAUCAGCAAACACAAAAAACAACUACUGUUAAGUUUGACAGAAGACGAGCUGCUUUAGAUUCUGAUGAUGACUUGUAGCAUUAAUUAAUUAAAUACCUAAUUUUUUUUUCAUUAAAUUUAUUUCAUAACUCACUUUAUGUUAAUAAAAUUCAUAAAACUUA